AUGCCGGUCUCGAAAGAGCGCACCGUGCCCAUCACGAGCUGGGCGAACGCGGAGCUCGAGGUCUCCGAGCGCCUGCGGAGAAGCGAGCGCGAGUUCCCCGUGCCGAAGAUCCCGGAGCUCGCGCGGGAGAGGUCGCGGUCGGCGCCCGAGACGGCCGCGCCGAGAUCCCCCGCGCGCGAGACGUCAACCUCGACCUCGGGCGGCGCGCGCGAGCGCAGCCCGGACCACCUCCUGACGAAGCGCCGGGGGAACCCGUUCGGGUUCGGGUUCGCGAUCGACGUCCACGCGCUCCUGGACAAGCUCCCGAAGCCCGGACGACGCGCGCCGCCGUCGCCGGCGCGGCGACCGGCGUCCGAGAACGACGCAACCUCGAGCGAGAAUUCGCAUUCGUCGCCGUCGCCCGCGAAGGAGAACGCGCUUGUCGCCGCCGGUCUCGCGACGCCGCCGCCGACGAAGACCCCGGACGCGGACGCCAUGCUCGCGUCGUCCCCGGACGCGGACGCCAUGCUCGCGUCGUCGCCCGCGCCGACGUGGACGCCGAAGCAUCUGGACUCGGCGAACAAACUCAACGCGGAACUCCACGCGAAGCUCGUUCGCGAGCAAGAGAAGGCGCGCGAGGCGAUCAAGAAUCUGAAGCGAGAGCACGACGCGCGUCUGAACAAAGAGCGCGGCGAGCGAAAGGAAGAGGUGAGACGUAUGAACGAGCAGCACGAGGCGCGAGCGAAGAAGAGAGAGGAGGAGGCGUCGCGAGAACGCGAAAAGAGGGAGGACGAGCGCGAGCGCGCGCGAGAGAGAGACGCGGACGACUUGAAGCGUCUGAACGAGCGGCUCGAGGAGAAGGCGACGCGCCUCGGCGAGGAGAUGCGACGCCUGUGCGACGAGCACGAGGCACGGCUGAAGAAACACGACGACGAGCGGAAGGCGGAGCGAGAAAACGUCAGGCGACUGAAGGCGGAGCACGACGCCGCGAGAAAGGCGGACAAAGCCGUCGCGGAGGGGAAAUACGCCGAGUACGAGAAAGCGGUCGCGUUGGGGAAGCUGGAGAUGGAAGACCUCGCGCGUCAGCUCGAGAAGGACCGCCGCGAGCUCAGGACCGAGCGCGGGGAGUUCAAGAUCCGCGUGCGCCGGUUCCAAGAGGACCACGACCUGAUGGAGAGCGAACUGGACGAGACGCAGACCAACGCGCAGAUGAUGCUUCGAGAAGCGCAGGCGGAGAUCAUCGCGCUGAAGAACACCGCGCAGAGAAUAGAGGCGGAGUGGGAGGUCACGAAGCUCGAGCAGGCUGCGGUCGCGGCGGAGAAGGAGAAGGAGCGCGCGCGACAGAAGGUGGAGUUGCGAUUUAAAACCGUGUGGAUGAGCGCGCUGCGCGCGUCGUUUGUUCGGUGGAAGAGCGAGUCGAGGCGCAUUAAAAAUGGACGCGCGAUCGAGGAAGAAAGGAAGCUGCUCAUAAGCAACGCGGCGAAAGCGGAGAAAGCGCUGGAGGAAGAGAGCGCGCGAGGCGCCGCGAUGCUCGAAGCGGCGAGAGAAGAGGCCAAACGCGAACGCGAAGCGGCGAAGCUCCAGCGCGAGGAAACGCUCGCGGCCGCGAAGAAGGAUCUGAACGACGCGGAGGCUGCGAAGAAGGCGGCGAUCAAGAAAAUGGAGGACGCUCUGAAAGCGCAAACGGAGGCGACGAUCAGGGCGCAAAAUCAGCUGGAGGAGGCGGAGCUCAACCAGGCGGCGGCGGCGCGCGCCGCGUCCGUCGCGGCGCUUGGUCGAUUGGAACAAAGAGCCGCGUUGAGGUUUCGAACCGUUCUCAUGAGUUUGCUGCGGUCGUCGUUCACGCGGUGGAAGAACGAGACGUCUCUCUCGCGCGUAGAGCGCGUCGAGCGCGCGGAGAUGCUCGAGCACAAGGCGGCGAAGGAACGCGCGGAGCAGGCGUUGGAGGACGCGCGCGCGUCACAAGAGAAGAUGAUCGAGGGCAUGAAAGCAAAGCACGAGGAGAGUGUGGACGCCAUCAAGACGGAACAUUCGCGUGCCGUGGAGACGAUCAAAGCUGAGCAUUCAGAGGCUGUGUCGAAGCUCGAGGACGCGCUGCGAAAGUCGAACGAGGAGAUUUCGACCGCGAAGAAGCAUCUCGAGGAGGCGAAGCUCGCGCAAAACGCGGCGGCGAAGAAGGUCGAGGUUGCCGCUCGGGAGCGGGCAGCGCAGACGGCGACGUUGCGGUUCCGAACCGUCCUCAUGGGGUCGCUUCGGUCGUCGUUCGUGCGAUGGAAGUACGUCGCGAAGUACCAGAAGAUGGAACGCACGGAGCAAUCCGAGAGGCUCGCGCUCGUCAAGGAGAAGGAGAAAGCCGAGAACGAGCUCGCGGAAGCGCGAAAAGCGAAUCAGGAGACGGUCGCGGCGAUGCGCUCGAAACAAGCGGAAACGCUGCAAAUCAUCGAGGAUGCGAAACAAUCCAUCGCGAAGCAAGUCCAGGAGAAGCAAGACUCGACGAUUAAAAAACUCGAGGAAGCGCUCGAGAAGCAAACGAACGCGACGCUCAGGGCGCAGAAGCAGUUCGAUGACGCGGAGCUCGCGCGCGCGGCGGCGGUGCAAGCGGCCAAAAUCGCGGCGACGGAAAGAGCGCUGCAAAAAGCCGCGCUCCGGUUCAAGACUGUGAUGAUGGGCUCACUGCGCGCGUCGUUCCAGCGGUGGAAAUACGCAGCGAAGUUCAUGCGACGCGACCGGGAAGCGGAUGCGGAGCGAGAGACCCUCCUCGCAUCGACUCGAAAGGCGGGGCGCGAGCUCGAGGACGCGAGGCGCGCGCAGGAAGACGCCGUCGCGAGCCUGCGCGAGAAGCAACGAAAGGAGAAGCAACGGUUGGAGGAGCAGCACGCGGCGGCGGCGGAGCAAAAGGCGUCGACGUACGCGGAGCAGCUCGCGGCGAUCAAACGGGAAGCCGCGGCCGCGUUGGCCUCCGCGAGGGAGGAGGAGUUAGACUCGACCGCGGACAUCGAACGACGCGUAAAAACCGCGGUCGAUCAGACCAAGUUGGAGCUCGGCUCGAGCGUGGAUCAACUCCGAGCGCAGCUCGCGUCGCUCGAGAUAAAGCUCACCGCGUCACGAAAAUCGUUCGAGAUGGCGUCGCACAGGAACGCGACGCUCGAGGACGAAGUGGACGCCGCGAAUCGCAAGGCGGACGAAGCGCAAAAGGCGUAUCAAGGCGCGAGAGCCGCCGCCGCGUUCAUGGAAGCGGACGCGGACGAGAUGAAGCAAGUGCUCGAUCAGGUGAACGAGGCGCACGCGCUCGCGCUCGAGGACGAACGGAGGAAGCUCGCGCGCGCGGAGGCGAUGAACCUCGCGGGCGACGAAGAGAUGAGAAAAGAGAUCAAUCGGCUUCACUCUGAGCUGGAGGAGCAGAAGCUGUUGGUCGCGGCGGCGUCUAAGGCGACGAAGGACGCGAUGGCGGCCGCCGCGGCGAAGGCGGCUGAGGCGGCGAAGGCGGAGUCGGAGGCGGCGAGAGCGCGCGAGUCGAUGCUCUUGAGCGACGCCGCGUCGAGCGCGGAGAUGGCGAAAACGAACGCCGCGAUGAGCGACCGCGAAUCGCUCGCGAAAGAGUGCGAGCAGCUGCGUCUGGAGCUCGCCGCGGCGAGGCAAGCCGCGGCGUUAGUGGCGAACUCCCCCGCGAGCGAGGAGCGAAAGAGAACAUCCGCGAGGAAGGCGUCGCCCUCGCCCGCGCCCGCGGGUUCGGCUUCGUCCUCGAAAAAGAAGAGCGCGAGACAGAGGGGCACGAUCACGGUCGACGAGCACGAGGAAGCGAUCGCGCUCCUCCGAGGAGAGAUCCAAGUCCUGGUGUCGCGGUUAGGGGACGUCGGGAAGAACGACGAGGUCACGGACGAGGACGUCGCCCGCGCUCGGUCGAAAGCGGCGAAGGAUUUAGACCUCGCGAUUCAGCUCACGGAGGACUGGGAAGAGGAGCCGCGGACGCCGCGCGGCGCGAAUGACGACGACGGGAGCGAGUCCGGAAGCGAGUCCGACGACGACCACGUCGAGACCGUCGUGAAGCUCAACAACCGAUGCAAGACGCUCGUGGUGAAAGGCAAAGCCGCGCUCGCGCGAAUCGUCGCGUUGGAAGUCGAGCUCGCCUCCGCGGUGAACGAGAAGGAGUCCGCCACCGCGUGGGCGCUCGCGUGCACGCGCCGCGCGAAGGGCGCGGAGGAGGCGGCGAUGUUCGCGAAGGACGAGGCGAGAGAUUUGAAACUCCGGACGCGAGACAUUCGGUUGGGGAAGCGAUCCACGGAGGCGGAAGACGUCGAUCCGAUCGCCGCGAAGGCGGCCAUCGAACGCUUAGAGGUGGAGCUCUCGGAGGCGCGCGACGCGGCGGCGGCGAGCGCCACGACGAUCGCGGAGAUUGCGCGCGAGAGGGACGUCUUGAAGCGCGAACUCGUGGGCUACGAGCGACGGAAGAAAGCGGGCGGGGACUUCGACGAGCUCAUCUCCGGCAGCAACGUCAUCGAACGCUUAGGGAUGACGCCGGUGAAGGCGAAGGAGGAGCCGGAGCCGGAGGAGGAGGAGGAGGAGGAGGGAUUUUUUGCCUGGCUCACGACGCCGUCGAGACAGCCGGACGUCGAGGAGAAAGCGAAGAAGAAAGAAGAGGACGAUGAGCCCGGUUUCUUCAGGACGUUAUUCGGUCUCACCCCGAGCAAAGACGCGGCCGGCGAGGGAGGCGCGAGGCCCGCCGCGAGCGAAAAAUCGGAUUCGUCGGCGUCUCGAUCCGACGCGUUCGCCACCGCGGCGCCGCGCUUCAGGAGCGGCGCCAGCGUCACGAGCGGCGACGACGCCGCGACGAGGAAUCUCGCGAACACGCCGCCGUCGAUCCCGAAGCUCGACCUCUCGCGCGUGUCGCGGAGCCCCGGGGAGGAGCGCGACCGAGGGGGGCGGGAAGGCGCCCGGUCCGACGCCGACGCCGACGCCGAAUCCGACGCCGAAUCCGACGCCGCGUCGGGAGACGCUCGGCGCGUCGCCGGGGAGGCGUCCGAGUCGGACGCGAGGUCGAGAUCGGGUCCGGGGGGGUUCUGGAAGCGCGUGGCCGGCGACGACGCGGACUUUUCCGACUCGGACAGCGUCGAGUCCGUGAGCGGGCAACUGUGA